CAACAGCAACAACAACAACAUUGUCAAGAGAUAUUAAAGUCACAACAACAACAACUGCAAUAACAGCAGUGAAUUAUUAUCAACAGCAGCCUGCAAGAAGCCAAAUUAAAAUGCUCAACUCGCGCCCACAGCCACACUCAAGCCCACUUCCAUUUCCACUGCCAGAAUGCCACAACAGACAGAGCUGGCUGCCGCUGCUGCUGCUGCUGUUGCUGUCUGCCACACUGGGCCUGAGUCACGCUUGUCGUGUCUCCGAGUUCUCGUGCAAGGGCAGCGGCAACAGUGGCAACAUCUGUGUGCCGCUGGACAAAUACUGCGAUGGACGCAACGACUGUCAGGAUGGCAAAGAUGAGCCCAAGCAUUGCUCAGUCUGCAAUCGGACGUACUACGGUGAUAUUGGACGCACCUAUGCCAUAAAAGUGCCAACGCCACAGUGGAAUAAAUUGCCCUUCCUGUGUCACUUGACAUUCACAGCGUCCGGCCAUGAUCAAGGCGACAUUGUACAGAUCAUCUUUGAUGGCUUUACGGUGGGUCGCUUCGAUGAGGGCAUGGUGGAUACAGAUGUGGAUGGCUAUGAAACGAAUCUAAGUCCGACCGGGGAGCUGCCUGGCUGUCCCGAGGGUUUCAUGCAGCUCAGCGAACUGGGACGACCAUUUACGGGCGGCUCCUGGUGCGGCAAGGCCACCGGACCGCAAUUGUACUUCAGCGAGACAUCCACGGUGACGGCAUCGGUGAAGGUAUUUCAUCCGCCACGCAAUAUACGAGAUGAGAAGCCCUUUGAGUUCAGCAUAAGAUACAAAUUUAUUAGCCAGUCCGAUGCAGUUGUCAGGUAUGGCCUGCCCGAUAAGCCAUUGGAACUGGGACGUGUCACACCAGGCACCUAUUGUACCAGGCAAUUCGAUGAAUGCUAUCGUAACAAGUGUCGCCUGCAAAGCCCAAAUUAUCCUGGUAUGUAUCCAAGGAAUGUCACCUGCUAUUGGACCAUACGGCAGAAAGAAGUUCCAACCAGCAAGCAUGCCAUGAUUGCCGUUAGCCAGGAGAAUCAGCACAAAGCCCUAGUCAAGCGCUCGAUUGCCAGCUUCAACAAGACCUCACGCUCCAUCCGCGCCUGGUCGGACUGCACGGGCGAACGGGAUCACUUGAUAUUCUACGAUGGCAGCUCCACCAACGAUCCCGUCUUGGCCAAGUACUGCGGCGGUGAUUGGUUGCCGCGCGUUGUGUCGCGUGGCGCGGAAAUGCUCGUCGCCUUCCACUCCAGCCCCUUCUCGGCGCCACUGCAGCAAGGCAUUCCCAAUCGCGGCUUCGAACUGGAUGUCGACAUACUCUUCACCGACUCGGACUCCUUUGACUUUGCGCAGGGCACCAAGAACCUAUGUGAAUUCCAUAUAAACGCCUCGAAUCCGGAUGAUGUGCUAUUCUCACGUCGCGGCCGCAUGGGACGCAUUGUGAGUCCGCGUCACACGCUUCCGCCGAAUACAACAUGCACGUACCACUUUCACGGAUAUCCUGGUGACCUGAUUUGGUUAUCGUUCACCAGCUACAAUCUACAGAUACUGCAGCAGGCGAUACACGACAACAAUACGCUGGGACGGAGCGAUUUGCCACCUUGGAUAACCAGACUGCGCAUGUGGGACAGCUACGGCACCUACAUGCCAAUCAAAUCGACUAGCGUGACCACAGGACAACCGCCGCCACCACCCCCGGUCGCCUCGUCGGCCGAUGGCGGCAAACCGACGCUGCUGAAUCAAAGCAACUAUGGCAACUAUUACUAUAGCGCCAGCAAUCCGAAGCUGAAUCGCAAUCUGCGUGUCAACAUUGACAAUGCCUGGAAUCCGGUGGACACCUACAUCUAUGGGCCGACGCAGUCGAGCGUGUUCAAUCAGGAGAACAAGUACAGCGGCUAUCAAAGUGGCGGCUCUGGCGCAGCUGGCAAGCAACAAUUAGGUGGCAUCAAGGAUAGCCUCAAUUACAUUUCGGGCGGCAAAUCAACGCGCGAUGGCAGUGGCGUCGCCGCCGCCGUUGUGAGUGCGGACAAGAGCAGUCAGAGCGCGGUCUCGCUCAUCAGCACCAAGGGCAAGCGACGCCUCAUGCUGGAAAUCUACGACUAUGAGACGCCCAAGCUUUGUGAUCACACGGCCAUUGGGAGUGGAGUGAGCGGCAGCAGCGCUUUGAUGGGCGGCAACAAGCAGCGCCCUUGCAGUCCGCUCGAGAGCUACGUGAGCACGGGCAGAGAUUUGAAACUGGAGUUCCACACACACACCGGCACCGCCCUAUUUCCCGCUCAAUUUGCGCUCAACUACGAGUUUGUGGACACAGAGCAGGGCGGCGAGACGUGGCCGGGGAGGCGGGGCGAGGAUCCCGUGCCGCCGCUGUGCUCGCGCGUCUUUCGCAAGCGGAAGGGCAACAUCCAAAUGCCGCGUAAUGUUUUCCUCUAUGGCCGGGGCGGCGCCAAGAACAUAACCUGCCUGUAUCGCUUCGAGGCUGGCGCUUCGGAGCGUGUCAAGCUGGUGCUGCAUAAUGUGUCCUUUGGCGAGGGCACUGCCUGCACCACCGACUCGGAUCUGCAUACGGGCAGGCCGCGUUGCAAUCAGCUCGAUCCCGAGGGCCGCAUCACCGAGCUGCGGCUGUACGAUGUGCCCUUCCGGGAUGUCAAAAUCCAGCUGGGCUGCUUCUGCGAUAACUCCAGCGCACUCUACAGCAACGCGCCGCUGACCUUUGUCUCGCACUCACGCAUCAUGGAGCUGAGCUUUACCGUCACCAAUCUGAAUAUAUCGGAGGACUUUGCCGAUGUCUUCUUCUCCGCCUCGUACGAGUUCAAGCGCCAGCCGGACUGCCGCAAGCAGCUGAAGCUCAAGGGCGCCGGCGGUGAGGAUGACCUCAAGUAUCCGCUCAAGACGCAGGACGCCAGCUGCGAGGGACUCGCCUGGUACAUUGAAGCGCAGUCCGCCGAGCGUUCGCUGUUCGUGCAGACCUGGGGCUCCUACCUGCCCGUCGAUCCCACCUCCGAGGAUGCCAUGCGCUGUCACACCAAGAACCGACUGAUGGUCUACUCUGGCCGCCCCCUAAAGCCCAUGCGUGUGGUUUGUCCCGCCCAGAGCGGACCGAGGCCCACAUCGCUGCACAUAUUCUCCGAGGAUUGGACCAAUGGUCAGCCAUUAUUUAUGAACAAGCCCAUCAGCUUGGUGCUGGAGCCCAUACUCAAGGAGCCCGGCGACAUCGCCUUCACUUGGCUGGAGAUACAUCGCACCAAGAAUGCGCUGCUGCAGCAAUUGGACCUGCAUGUGAAUGCGAGCGUAACCACGGGCCUGGGCACACCACCCAGCAGUGGUGCUGGUGGAGCUGGAGGCACCGGAGUUGUGGGCACUGGCAGCGCUGGCGUUGCCGGUGCGGCAGGCGGAAUGGCGCCCAGUGCAGCGGCGAAUGCAACGCUGAGUGAAUUUGGUUUCUAUCCCAAGGAGUCGGAUUGCGAGUACAAAUGCCCUGAAAUUGAUGCAUGCAUAGCGGCUAGCCUCUGGUGUGAUGGUCGCCACAACUGUCCCAGCGGCUUUGACGAGUCCGAGGAGGAGUGCGGCACGGCGCGUAAGCUGCUGGAGCUGCCCGGCGGCGUGUUCGCGGCCUUGGGCUGCAUUGCCGCCGCGCUGACCGCCUGCCUCAUAUUCUGCAUGCUCGGGCUGAUGCGCAAGCGAAAAAAGUCGGUGGUGCAGAAGAGCGGCGGCUUCAUGAACGGCGCCAAUGGCAAUGGCAAUGUGCCCGCCGCCUGCAACAUUGGCACACUGAAGAAGGACUUCAAGAAGGAGGCGCUCUACAUCGAUCCGGCGUCCUGACAUCCACUCCAGCCGGUCGAAUACAUACACGUGGAUCGGGAGACGACCGUGUGAUAUGUUGCCGCCGGCUGUGGCUUGUACGAACAGAUGGAGCAGGGUCUGAGCCAGGCCUGACUAGAGCUGGAACCGGAACAGCAGCAGCUGCAGCAUCCUCAGCAGCUGCCGAUUGGAGCUGUGGAGCUGGCGUGGAAGUUUUAAGCCAAACAGGGAGUAUGAGAACUAAAAUUAAAUUGUAAGUUCGUAACUUUUCUAAGCGCUUCAACAGUAUAAACGUAAAUAUGUGUGUGUGUCUAGACUAGGGCUACGGCUAACGGUAAAUGGGCAAUUCGAUUUCUCGGCUUAAUGACAAACUGUUGUCAUCCGUUGCGUAUACUUGAUAAUUUUAUGAUUCGCAACACACAACUGCAAAGCAAGCAAAGACCCUUUUUGUAAAUUAAGUAUCCGACCCGAGUUAUUAGUACUUAGCGCACUUAGCACACAUUGAGCAUAAGAAACUUAGUUACAAUUAGCCAGCAAAUUCAUUGAAUCGGAAGAAGAAGAAGAAACCAAAUCGUAUUACAAUAAAAUUGUAUAAAAAAUGCAAAGAGCAGCAGCUCGAAAACUAAACGUUAAGUAUCUAGGCAUAAGUAUUAAGAAUGAUUAUGAAACUGUUUGCAGCUUAGAGAGCUAAAUAGAGAGGGAAGGGCAAAGCAAGUUAAAAUCUCAACAGUGUUGUGAUCUUACACACACACACACACACACACACAUACAUGCAGGCAUAUUAAACUACAUAUAUACAAAUACAUAUGUAUGUGAGCGUAAUGUGUGUAGUAGCGGCAUUUAAAGAGUACUCGUCAUGGGGCAGAUAACUGAGCUAUCAUACGAUAUUACGUAUAGAAUUAUAUAUAGACUUAGUUUAAUUAUUAUAAUAAAGCACCACACAAAUACACACACACACACACAUACAACUAAACAAAAAGAGCAUCACAUAGUGGUUAAAUUGUUAUUAAUUAAAUAAAUACGCAACUGGCUGCUGCAUCAUUAUCAAACUAAACUGCCAUGAAAAAUGAAAAAUGUCUUCAAGUUUCACAUUUUAUGGAAAGUCUACUUAUGUUUUGAUCGAAGUUUUCAACUUCAAGACUCGAUAAUUUUAAGAUUUGAUUUCUCGAACUGAACUCCUGAGUUUUAUGCAUUUGUAGCUGCAAACAAUUCCUAACGAUAUUACAAAGCAUAAAAUACAAUUAAUAAAUUAAUUAAGCAUGGACAUGCGAUUGUAAAAACCCAAUACAGUUAUAGCACUAAAUAUAUUUCGAAUAAUAUAUGCCAAUUGUAUGAAGUAAUUAAACUAAAUUAAGCAAACAUAGCCCUAUAAUUACUAUAAACAAUCAAACUUCUUGGCAACAUAGUUCAUUUUAAAUGCACUAAAUAUUCAAAAUAAUUAAUAUAAAUAUGUAUUGAAUAAACACGGAUUUUGUUGCGCUUUUACAGCCAUCAAAAUAGAAAUCACAAAACAAAAAAUAAAAAACCCCAAAGAGAAAAUAAUAAUAAUAUCAAUUGAAAAAAAAGCGCGAAUUUUAGUUACAUUCUUCGCUGACACAUAAACAAAUGUCGAUUAUUAUGUUGACCCCUGCUGCCAUAUAAAAAAUUAAUAAAAUAACCACAAACACACACAAAUAAAAAAUACAUAUAUUUAAAAAGAAAAAUUGGCGCAUAGGCCAAAUUUGAAUUCGUUGUCAGUCAGACAGUUGUUAAAAAAAGUAUUUAUACGAUAGCAAGUGACAGAGCAUGCAAUGAGUAAUUUGUAUAAAAAAAAAAAGUCGCUGCAUUUUUUAACAUUCGUGGUCAGAGUCACGUGCACUUUCGGUUCGGUUCAGUUCCUUCUCACACACACACUACACACACACACAUACGUACACUAGACAACAAACUAUGGAAAUUUUCUGUGCCAACUGAUUUAAAUUUUAAAAAGCGUCAACAAGCGUACAACAAAUUGAAAUAUGAGAGCGCAUAAAACAUUUCUACUCAAAAAAAAAGAAACAAAAUAAUAAAUAAUAUAAAAAAACAUUACAUGCAACUGUGUAAAUAGUCAAAACUGCGUACAGCAGACGCAUAUUAAAGAACCCCAAAAAAUA